UACGCAACGUAGCAAACGUUCGAUCGAACUGAACGCAAUCCUAGCUACGUACGCCGUGGGAAAUCUGUCUCAAGGCAAGCUAACUAGCUACCCAAAUUAUUCAUAGAAUUUAAUAUUAUCAUAGCUAGUGCAAUUGAAAUUUGCAAACAUCUUUAGACAAAAUUAUGUCAGCAAACGGACUGUCGACCAGAAUUCAGCAGUUUUUGGAUCCCCACGAGCGGCUAAGGGCAGGUACUCAGAGCCCUUUCCACCUCCUGGGCCAGCAGAUGCAGGACCUCUUGGGCGAUGGAGGGGUCCUGAAGGAAGUGGUCCAACCUGGACAAGGCCCACCAGUGCCAAGAGAUUCAUCUGUGUCAAUUAAUUUCUCAGGAUUUCUGGAGUACUCUGACCGACCAUUUGAGACCACCAGCAACCUGAAGUACCCUCGAAUGAUGAAGCUUGGAAGAGACGUGACUCUGUGUGGCCUGGAGCUGGGUAUUCUGACCAUGAGGAAGGGAGAGUUCUCUCGCUUUCUCUUCCUGCCUGUGUAUGCAUAUGGAGAGAUGGGCUGCCCUCCACUCAUCCCUCCUGUAGCCACUGUGCUCUACGAGGUGCAGGUCCUCGACUUCCUCGACUCAGCCCAAGUGGAUGAGUUCUUCGCAAUGAGUUCGGAGGAGCAGAACACUGUUCCUCUGUCCAAGCUCUUCAAUGUGGUCGACACAGAGCGCAGCUUUGGCAACCGCUGCUUCAACCAGAGUCGCUUCGAGGACGCCAAAGAUCGCUACAAGCAGGCGUUGACUCUGCUGGGGAAUCGGGAGGCGGAGGACAAGGAGAAGAAGAGGAGCAUUGCGGCGGUGCAGCUGCCCAUCUACCUCAACCUGUCCCUGACCCAGCUCCGCCUGGACAGGCCUCUGAAAGCCCUGAAGUACGGCCACAAGGCCCUGGAGAUAGACCCCACCAACACCAAGGCCCUCUUCCGCUGUGGUCAGGCCUAUUUGGAGUUGUUUGACUAUGAGAAAGCCCAGGAUUACCUCACAAUGGCUCAGGCCAACAAACCAUUCGACAUCGACAUCAAUAAUCUCCUGAGGAAGCUUGCCAUACGCUACAAGGACUAUUUGGACAAAGAGAAAGAGCUGUGCUCCAAGAUGUGUGCAGACUUUGUGAAGAAGUGAAGGUGAUGGUGUAAGGAGAACUUAGUCAACACCGAAGACUCACACAAGCCUUACUACAAUAUGUAAAUAUAUUAACUUUCAAGAGUUUCUGUUCAUUAUGUACCAACAUUUACAAAGCUAUUCUGUACACUAAAUCCAACUGCAGUUGGGAAACAGUGAAAUGUCUUAAUAAUGAAAAAUGUGUUUGUGUUCAUCUUGUUACAAUAUUUUCAAGGGCCACUGUUGUUUGAGUUAUAUUCAAGAAGUAAAGCCUCUCUAAAAUGUACCAUUGUCUUGUCUGAAUAAACAUAUUCUCCAGUGAUUCAA